CCCUGCCCCCACCCAUACCUCCAAAUAUUUGGGAGAGAAGAUGGGUGAGCAGAAUUCUUCCUCCGUGGCCUAGUCUGGCCCGGGUAUGGAGAGGACAGUAGACAUUUGAAGUGGAAAAUAAACUGGAGCAGAGGGUGGUCAGGAAGUGGGUAAGUGAUUAGAGGUUGGGAGUCCAGGGAAGGACUUCCUCUGGGUGCUGAGGAAGCAGGAAUGGGGAGGAUCACAGGUGGGCUGGAGAGUCCUCAGGAAGGACCCGCGGCUGUGUUGGAAGGAUGCUCGGGCACUGGACAGAGUGGGCUUUCAGAUGACGUUACUGGACUGCCUGGGUUAUGCUGAGAGGCUGAUGCUCCCUCUGCCCUUCAUUGCUCCACCCCCGCUCCCACACUGGGUCAGUAUUUAUGUGUCCUGGACCUAGAGAGGCCCCUGGAAUCGCCACUGUCCCGGCUCUUCUCUCCCUGUCCCGCCUUCCCCGCCGCCCGCCCCACUGGCCAGUCCCCACGCCCACACGCCCAAGGCUGCCUCAUCUGGCACUGAUUAUCCCCGCUGCUGCUGCUGCCGCUGCCGCCGCUGCUGCUGCUGCUGCUACACUCAGCUGCUGCCUCUGUCUUGAGGACCCCAGUGCCUCUCCCUCGGGCCAUGCUGCCUACUACCACAGCCUCCCUCUUGGGGCCCCUCCUCACUGCCUGGGCUCUGCUGCUGCCUUUCACCCAGGGCCAGAGCCCCAACUACACCAGACCUGUGUUCCUGUGUGGAGGGGAUGUGACUGGGGAGUCGGGUUACCUGGCAAGCGAGGGUUUCCCUAACCUCUACCCCGCCAAUAAGGAGUGCGUCUGGACGAUAACGGUCCCUGAGGGCCAGACUGUGUCCCUCUCCUUCCGAGUCUUUGACCUGGAGCUGCACCCAUCCUGCCGUUAUGACGCUCUGGAGGUCUUUGCCGGGCCUGGAACCUCAGGCCAGCGGCUCGGACGCUUCUGCGGGACCUUCCGGCCAGCGCCCUUAGUCGCCCCCGGCAACCAGGUGACCCUGAGGAUGACAUCGGACGAGGGCACGGGAGGACGAGGCUUCCUGCUCUGGUACAGCGGGCGGGCCACCUCAGGCACUGGCCCCCGCCCAGGCGCGAGGCGGAAAUGGGUCACCGACCCGCGGGUGGAAUGGGCGGCCUGGGGUUACUGGGACGAGCACCAAUUUUGCGGGGGGCGGCUGGAGAAGGCCCAGGGAACCCUGACCACGCCCAACUGGCCCGAGUCCGAUUACCCCCCGGGCAUCAGCUGUUCCUGGCACAUCAUCGCGCCCCCGGACCAGGUGAUCUCACUGACCUUCGGGAAGUUUGACCUGGAGCCCGACUCCUACUGCCGCUACGAUUCGGUCAGCGUGUUCAACGGCGCCGUGAGCGACGACGCCAAGCGGCUGGGGAAGUUCUGCGGCGACACAGCCCCGGGUCCCAUCUCCUCCGAAGGGAACGAGCUCCUCGUCCAGUUCGUCUCGGACCUCAGCGUCACGGCCGACGGCUUCUCGGCCUCCUACAGGACCCUGCCGCGGGGCGCCACCGAAGGAGGGCCAGGCCCGGGCCCCAAGCCCGGAGUCGGGCCCAAAGUCAAGCCCGAAGUCCCACCUGAGCAGAAACCGAAGGCCGCGCCUAAGGCAGAGGCAACUCCGGUGGGCCCCGAUGCACCCAGUGUCUCCUGCCCAAAACAGUGCCGGCGGGCAGGCACCUUGCAGAGCCACUUCUGUAACAGCGACCUGGUGGUGACGGGAAUGAUGAAGUCCAUGGUUCGGGGCCCAGGGGAGGGCCUCACAGUCACUGUCAGUCUCACUGGUGUUUACAAAACCGGAGGCCUGGACCUGCCCUCUCCCCCCACUGACACCUCCCUGAAGUUCUAUGUGCCCUGCAAGCAGUGCCCCCCCAUGAAGAAAGGAAUCAGUUAUCUGCUGAUGGGCCAGGUGGAAGAAAACAGAGGUCCGAUCCUUCCUCCAGAGAGCUUCGUGGUUCUCUACCGGCCCACCCAGCACCAGAUCCUCACCAACCUCAGCAAGAGGUGCCCUUCCAAGCCUGUUCAGGCUGCUGGAUCCCAAGCCUGAGCCCAGGCCAGCCUCCGGACCCUGGCCCUAGGGACCCCUUUCUUAUCCAAAUAAAUGUUUCUAGACUUGA